ACAAAAUAAACACGUGAUGAUAAAUAUGCUCAGAUCUUUAUCUCUGUCCUGGGAGCGAAAAAUGCUGGUCGCACAAAACAAGAGCUUUAUCUCACCGAGCAACAGCCGCCAUUGUUUUGGCCAUGUCUUCAAGAAAAAUGGUGGUGGAAUUGCUACUGUAACGGCCAAAAGGAGAGAUUUUUCCGACAAAUCGAUCGAAGAGAGACCCGUUUUCCAAAUCAGAGUACCGAACACAACCCUCGCUCGAACCGGGAUUGCUGUUCUGGGUUUGGGUUUCAUCGAUGCUGGGUACAGUGGUGAUUGGUCGAGAAUAGGAGCGAUCUCCGAAGAGACAGAGGAAUUCUUAAAGGUUGCUGCUUUUGUUGUUGUUCCUCUCUUCAUCUUCAUCGGGCUCUCAUUCUAUAAAAAUUCGACAGAUUAAAUCAGUUGUAAGAAUUGGCACUUGCUUAGUUAUGAAAAGAUCCAUUGGUAUA